ACCACAAAUUACUAUACGACGUCGUUCGUGAUUUCCUUUUUUUUUUUUCUUGUAACAAUCUCGAUUUUAAUUUGAACACAGUUUCUUCGUCGUGACUCGUGUGUGCGAAUCGCUGUAGCUCCUCCUCCGCCGCCUCAAUGCCUGUGAAAUGGGUUCUGUAUUGGCAACCAAACCAAGGAUCAACAGUAAGCACACAGAUCCUCAACGAAGCCGCCCAGUGCGCGGAGAGCAUCAGCGGCGUCAAAGAAGGACGCUGGAAAGCAACUCUCAACUACUACAAACCCUUACUCCGUGACCAGUCCUCCACCCACCACCCCGACUCCCUCCCCCGCGAUUUCCUCGGCAUCUCCCUCCCCGACCACCCCGCCAAGUACUACUUCAUCAUCAGGUCCCAGCGCAUCGUCGUCGAGGCCGACGCCUCCAUCCAGAUCAUCAUGGAGAAGCUCCAGUCCUACAAAUCCAAAGUCUCCCUCCACUUCGACGGGUUUCAGUACCACCUCGGUGAUUUUAGGCUUAGGGUUGGGAGAGUCGUCCCUGUUCAUUCCGAGAGUAUCCGAGGCAUUGUUAUGGAGGUGGAGUAUCUGCCUAUAUCGUCAAUGGAGAAGGCGAGGAAAGUGAUGGAGGAGUUCGUGGAGAUAUGGCAUGAAGCGCUGUCUAAGAGGUCCUUGUCGGGGAAGUUUGUGAACGUAGAGCUCAACUUUGGGGAGUUUGGACUUGCGGAUAACUACACUCCCCAGCACACUGGUGUUCAGUACGCUAUCGUCAUGGCUCAUAUGAUUGCAACGGUUCAGCCUGCUGUAAGAGGCUAGACUGUCUUAAACACACUGCAUCAUCCCUUUGUGAGUUUCAUUGUUCAGGUUUUGUAAUAAUAACGUUGAGAUUAUGUAUGCUUAGAAGAGUUUAGAAACUCAAUUCGCAUAUUUAAAAACAAAUCCAUGUUCUUUUA